AUGGUGAAUGAAAUGGAAGUGCCGCCGACCACGGCCGAGCGGCUAGAGUUUCUGAGUAAGCUAGAGCCGGGUUUACGCCAUCCGGAUUCACCGGACUGGUUCAAUCGUGAAUACAACGAAAAGUUGAAGCAGUCGUUCAUUUGGGCUGCACCGUACGAUGCUCGUUUUCCACAAGUGCGUAAACAACGUCAAUGCUUUGCGUACUAUGUCGAUUUUCAUCGUUGUCAAGAGUUGAUGGGCGAAGACUAUAAACCGUGCAAAUUCUUCAAGAACGUCUACAAGGAUAUUUGUCCGGGCUUUUGGGUGGAGAAAUGGGACGAACUCGUUGAAGAAGGACGCUUCCCGGCGAAGUUCGAUCGUAUGGUUGGGGAGUUGAUCGACGCAAAAGAGAUCGAACGCAGAGAAUCGUAUAUCCGCGCAUCCAACAGACCCUACAGUCUGAUCGAUCCGUUCACGUGGCGUUAUCCCGAAAAAAGUGCCGCUUGUAUUGGAGGACUUUCGUUGAUUGCGCUUCAUCUGAAUAAUCUUUGGUACAAGAAACCCUUCUAUUACGCAAUCUUUCCGCGUCUUGCUUUUGUGGCUGUCGCCUCGGGAUUGGGAUAUCUGUUGGGUGAAGUACGAGAACAUCACUAUCGAACUCGUGACGCUGUGAUCGAGCACUACAUCUCGUUGCAUCCCAAAGACUUCGAUCAUCUCAAAGAGUAUAACGGACGUCCAUUUGAACAAAUUCUCUUACCGUGGUACCCGAAACGAACGCAGUACCGGAAAUUCGAUUGA